AUGGCGCUCAUUUUAGCGGGCUCGCCGCCACAGACGUCACCGGUAUUUGCAAAAAGCUGCUCACUUUUUGACAGUUCUGCAUCGGAAUCAUUUACAAGCAGUCAGCCAAAGCUUGCUGCUGCAUCAGUGCGUCCUCCGGAUCCAGCAUUCCAGCAAGCUGCCAGUAAUACUAACAAGACAUCUACAGAUGCACAACUGGGCGAGGGUGAAAGGACGCCAUUGUUUGGUGUAGCACCAGCUUGGUGGGGCGAAAGCAGCAGAUGCAACCAGCAAGUGCAGAGUGAUACGGAAAGCGCACGGCAGAAUGCAUUAUCGUCGUUCAAUGUUUCUGCUGUCAGGACUACUUCAGCACAACGAAGCGUUUUAUCGGAUACCGAGCUGAUGAGAGUGUAUAAAUUACAGCAACAACAAGGGCCUGAUACUUCUGCUACUGAAAAUGUGGUUCGCCGUCCACUGAAGUCGAUAAGGAUGGAUAUUGAUCUAAAUGAACCAUUUGUUGACGAGGAAGUCAAGAAAGAAGAAAAGGCCAAAAGUGGCUUUUUGACUUCAUCAGCACCUCGUACAUCAGCAUCGACAGCAUUUACGGUUUCGUUUGAUAAUGAUGAAAGCUCGCCUAAAGCAAAUUUAUCGCUGCAGGACGCUGCGAAGAAGACCUGCCCAAGACGUUUCAUGAGGCGAAGUGGGCUAGCAGCGGGCGAGUUGGUUUCGAAAGGUGCUGCAGCGAAAAUAGCUGGCCUUACAGCUGCAUCGAGUGACCCGAAGCAGUACUUGCUCAAUAAAAUGUUAAUGGGGAUUGGCGAAGAUGAUGGUGAUCGACUAAAUCAGAUAGUCGCCUCGCAGACUGUCAAAGAUUCCGAUGCUGAAAGCGUUUCCAGAUCGCAAGAAAUCACAGUAGUUAGAAUUUGUGGCAUACUGGCCCUCGAAGUUCGGGAUGUCAAUUGUCAGGUACACGAUGUGUCAGUUGUAGGUGUCGGCUUCACUGACCCGACAAACGUAAAAUUGCUGGCAUUACCUCAGAUCAAUGAAAAUGUGAGUAGCACAGAAGAUGGGGAAAAAGGUGAUUAUUUGCUACGUGAAUUGUUGCAUAUCAGUUCUGGACGGCUUGCACAACGCCGUGGUAUCGCAGGGCGUCAAGUUGUUGCUCCAUCAACACCACCACUAACCACUGCGGCACGUUUAAAAUCAUCGGGGACUGGUAGUGGCCCAAGAGCGCGUGGUCUGCGCCGUCCGGAUGGUUUUGGAGCAGCAGCAGAGGAACGUCAGCGUAGUUCGCAGCGUUUGUGUACUUUGGCGUCUUCUUCACGUACAAGUGUUAUGUCAGCGCAAGUGCAUCAUCGUACGCAACCAGUUGCUGGUGCCACUGGUACUAGCGAUGGCACAUUCAGGUAA